ACGCUUUCGACGUCAAAGGUCGUAAAAAUGUCUUGCUUGAAACCCUUAGCCUAGAAGCUAGCAGCUCAGCUUAGCCUUUUUUCGUUUCUUUUUGAGUUCAUUGCGCUUGGUUCGGGUAUUUUUUACUAAAUGGCGGCCAGGAGAUUACGAUGAAACUCCGAGGUCAGAAUGACAGGAGUGAUUCCAGAAGGGUAUUAAAACCAAGGGAGUCUCCUACUGUUAUGCAGCCCAAUCCAAGUGAAGGAGGUGUUCAUGCAGGAAAUGGUUUAUCCUUAAAUCUGCCAGCAGAGCUUCUGAUUGGGGCACCUGCUGCUACUAACGCUGCAGCUGCUGCUUCCAGCAAUGACAGCAGUGAGGUGAGGGUAUCUUUGACUGGGAGUUCUGGAGAGUCGAAUGGAGGCGCGUCAUCCAGGAGGUCCAGGGUCAACUCCCACUCCCACACUCAUUCUCACUCACACAGCCACAGUAGGGCACAGCUCCACUCCAGUUCAGAGCCUGAUCUGGACCCACCCGACUCCGAUGGGGAUUCUGGUGAGCCCAGCGGCUCCCUGACCGAGCUUCGCUGCUUGUUCCGUUGGAUCCAGAAGAGUCUUCCCUUCCUCGUCAUUCUGUGUGCUAAACUGGUCAUCCAGCAUGCCCUCGGUUUAGCAGUUGGGGUGGGCCUCCUCACUACUUUUUUAUAUGUGAAUAAAAACAUUCAGACCCAAGUCUUUCUUCAGGAUCGUCACUCGAAGCUGCAGUGCAUAUGGCUGCUUCUCUUCCUCACCUCCUCCACGCUCCUGCUGUACUACACCUUUCUCUCAGAAACACUUUACCACUCCCUCAUCUUCUUGAAUCCAACCAUCGAGCCUCUGGGUUUCUGGGAGAUCCUUUGGGCUGUCGGCGUCACCAACUUUGUAAUAAAGUUUCUCUUCAUGGGAAUGAAGUGCCUUAUCCUGCUGGUGCCCUCAUCACUGGCUACAUACAGAAACCAGGGUCGGUGGCUGAUGGUGACGGAGGAGCUGGGUCAGGUGUACCAAGCUACCGCACCUUUUCCACUGUGGUUCCGAUUCCUGGUCACUUACCAGGAGUCAGACGGGGCCCCUGGGCUCACACUCGGAGUCCUGCUGGCUCUACUCUACCUCAUACUGAAGCUUUUAGGAUUGUACAACCAGUGGACGUCUUUUCUGAAAACUGUGAGGAUUUUUCUAGCAGGCAAGCACACAGGCUCUGCAGCAACAAGGGCUCAGUGCAGCGAGGCUGGAGAUGUGUGUCCCAUCUGCCAGGGAGAGUACAGAGAGCCCAGGGUGCUAAUCUGCCAGCACGUAUUCUGUGACGAGUGCAUCGCUCUGUGGUUUAACCGGGAGAGGAGCUGCCCCCUGUGCCGCACAGUCAUCACAGACAAGGUGUACAAAUGGAGGGACGGCGCCACGUCUCCACACCUGCAGAUUUAUUGAUUGGCGGGGUGCAGACGCAGAGUUUUACGCAUGUGGGACUGCGGCAUUCCUUUUUUCAUGUAUUCCAGCUUUUCUUUUUCCUCUUGGAACCACAGCAGGGUUUGGUGUUGUGCUCAUUUUCAGUAGAGUGAUAAGGGCUAUGCUACCGGAAUGCCAGACGCACUAAUGGACACGAGCUGCACAGCCUGAAUGUUUCUCUACCAGCUCAUCUCUUCUUCCACAGAAAUCUCAUGUUUAUUAAAUAUUUUUUCCCCUUUUGAGCAGAA